CCCCCCCCUUUUACAUCCUUGGAAGCGGCAAUUAAGCAGCUCCGCUAGGAUAAAACACUCUGGCGGCCAGCGGGCUGGGGCAUUGCGUCGAGAGAGAUGGCCAGGCUACGGACUCCUUCCUUCCUUCCCGGGGCUAUCACUGUCCUCCUGCUCUCCAGUCUCCCGGCUUCGUGGCAAGGAGGGGUCCCAGGUGCUGGCGUUGGAGUUCCCGGGAGAGGCUACUACCCAGGAGCUACUGGUGUAGGAGGACUAGGAGGACUUGGUGGGGCAGGAGCUGGUGUCGGAGGUCUGGGACCAGGCGGUGUCAGGACUGGACUGGGAGGAGCAGGAUUUGGAGCAGGAGCAAAGCCCCCCAAACCAGGUAUCGGAGGGGUUGUCGGAGGCACUGGAACACUAGGUGGUGGUGUCUAUCCAGGUGGCGCCUAUCCAGGAGGUGUCUAUCCAGGAGGUGUCUACCCAGGUGCCGGAAGCCCUGCAGCAGCAGCAGCUGCUGCUUAUAAGGCAGCUGCCAAGGCCGGCGCUGGGGCUGGUGCAGGUACUGGUGUGGGCGUACCUGGAGGCGGCGUGGGCGUACCUGGAGGCGGCGUAGGCGUACCUGGAGGUGGUGUGGGUGUACCUGGAGGUGGCGUCUUGCAACCAGGAGCUGGUGGGGCUGGCAUUGGAGCCAAGCCUGGCAAAAUCCCUGGUGUGGGAAUCCCUGGCGUCUUCCCUGGAGGUUUGGUCCCUGGCACAGGGAUCAGUUAUCCUGGUGUUGGAGUCUUACCUGGCGUUCCCACUGGAACUGGAGUGAAGGCAAAAGUUCCAGGGGCAGGAGGAGGAGCUGUCAAUGGGCUCUCUACUCUCGGAGUCUUUGGAGGGCAGCAGCCUGGGCUCCCGCUGGGCUAUCCCAUCAAGGCACCCAAACUCCCCGGUAGCUAUUAUGGCCUCCCAUACGGCGCUGGGAAGGGGCCUUACGGCGGUGUUGGGCCGGGCGGCGUGUACGGUGGUGCCGGAGGGAAGGCCGGUUACCCAACAGGGACAGGUGUGGGAGCUCAGGUAGCCGCUGCAAAAGCAGCUGCCAAAUAUGGUGCUGGAGCUUUGCCCGGGGCAGUCGGAGUCCCUGGCGCUGGGACUCUUGGAGGAGGCUUGGUGCCCGGUGCUGGUGUCCCAGGAGCAAUAGGUGGAGGUGGACCGGCGGCAGCAGCGGCAGCAGCCAAAGCAGCAGCCAAAGCAGCAGCCAAAGCAGCAGCUUACGGUGGCCGAGUCCCAGGGACGGGCAUCGGUGGCGUUGGUGUCCCGGGGGUCGGGCCAGGUGGCGUAGUUCCUGGCGCCACACCUGGUGUUGUUGGAGUCGGCCCAGGAGGAACUGGGGUCGGAGGAUUGAGUCCCGCCGCAGCUGCAAAAGCAGCAAAGUAUGGUCUUAUUCCUGGUGCUGGUGUUGGUGGAGUUCCUGGUGCUGGUGUUGGUGGAGUUCCUGGUGCUGGUAUCGGUGGAGUUCCUGGUGCUGGUGUCGGUGGAGUUCCCGGUGCUGGAGUUGGUGUUCCAGGAGCUGGAGUGUCUGCAGCAGCAGCGGCAAAGACAGCGGCAAAGGCAGCAGCAAAGGCAGCCGCCUACGGGACUGGUGUGGUGCCUGGCUAUGGCGCCAUUGGUGGUGUGGCACCCGGUGGAGUGGCACCUGGCGGAGUCGGUGGCGUGGGCACUGGUGGGUUAGUGCCAGGAAGCCCUGCGGCCGCUCAAGCAGCAGCAAAAGCCGCCGCCAAGGCAGCCAAAUAUGGAGCAGGAAGAGGCGUCGGCGGCGUCGGUGGCAUUGGUGGUGUCGGUGGCGUUGGCGGCGUUGGUGGCGUCGGUGGCGUUGGCGGCGUGCCCGGAGGAGCAGCGGCAGCUAAAGCAGCAGCAAAGGCAGCUAAAUACGGUCGUGGGGCAGGUGUCUUUCCUGGCGGUGGAACAGGCGUCCUGCCAGGGGGCGGAACAGGCGUCUUGCCAGGGGGUGGCGUUGUGCCAGGUGUUCCUGGAGCAGGAAUCCCCCAAACUGGAGUGCAACCAGGGGCCAAGCCACCUAAAUAUGGUGUGCCAGGAGCUGGGCUGGGUGGCGUACCAGGCUAUGGUGGACGAGGAGGAUACGGGGUCCCCGGCGCAGGGGGAGUGGGCCUUGGUGGCAUUGGAGCUGGAGGGCUGACGUACCCAGGAGCUGGUGGCAAACCUCCCAAACCAGGUUAUGGUGCCGGCAUUCCACAAGUUGCGGGCGGAACUGGCUAUGGUUAUGGUUUGUCUCCUAUUUACCCAGGUGGAGUCCCUGGCCAGCUGGGCUAUGGUGGUAAACCUCCCAAGCCAUACGGCUACAGAGGCCGCAAGAGGAAGUAGCCCUGACGGACUGCCUACCAUUCACCUCAUGAACUUUGGUGCUACUGCCUGGUCUCGAAUGUACCCCCUCACCCCGAGAAAAGCAGAUUCCACCACCACCGCCAUCGUCACUGCCGCCCUGUGCCUUUUUGCCCCACAGACCCCAAACAGCCCUCCUCCCUCUCACUGGUGCUACACCCACCCUUCGGGGAACACCCAGCCGUCCACCUCCUGGGCGGUGGGGGGGGCCUCUUUGGUGCUGCGGCCGAGGAGGGCCGCCUUUGGAGGAGGGGGGGGGAAGAUGCCCGAGCACUUUAGCCCGCUCCUGAGCCCUGUGUGGGGGGUCAGUAGUCACACUGGCCAGUUGGCCCCACUCCCUUUCCCAGUCUCCGCCCCCUCUCUGUCUCUCCAGGCUCCAGUUUUUUUUGGGGGGGGGAGAAUGCCACUGGGUUGCCAUGGGAGCCCUUCCCCUGGCACACUGCCUGCGUAUCAGCAAGGGAGGGGGAGCAGGCCAGGCUGGGGGGUUGCUGCCAAAAGGAUUAACCUAAAUCCUGCAGCUGCCGCCUAUCAGGGCCACAGCGGAUUAGCACAGCCCAGGCCACAUCCAGCCUUUCAAGGAAGAGAGCCGGAGGCCACACCGUCCAGGUCCAAGCAAAGAGGCCGCCCUGGGGGUCCCCCCCCCUCCCCACGGGACCGUGGCCGACCUGCUCCAUGACUCUUCAUGUUUAAUCACUUUGAUGUAACUGGGAUGGGACACUUUUUAUAAAGAGGAACAGUAAACCGCUUUCCGGGAAAAAAAGAAUUAAAUAAAACCUGACUAAUAAAUAACUUUUUAAAGGAA